AUGGCGCCAUCUAAGUGGGACGAAGAAGAGGAGGAGAGCGUCUCCCCUCCCCCUGUUGCUGCUCGUCGCCGAUUUGAUGAUGAAGAAGAGGACGAUGUUCUCGACUCCUGGGACGCCGCGGAAGACAGCGAAGUAGAGCGCGAGAAGGCCGCCAAGGCCGCCGAAGCAAAGGCCAAAGCCGAGGCUGAAGCCGCUGCAAACAAGAAGAGCAGGGGCCAACGGGUAGCAGAACACAAAGAGGCACGCCGGAAAGCCGCUGAGGAGUCCGAUGACUCGGACGAAGAGUCGGAAGACGAGGCCGACAAGCGCGCCCGUCUCCGCCGCACGGAGAAGGACUCCGACCUCAAGCACGCGGAGGACCUCUUUGGGGAUAUCGACCUGAACCGCAACCGGGGCAAGAACAAGACGAUUGUUGUGCACGAUGCUUCCGGCGACCCGACGCAAGCAGUCGACCUCUCUGCGAUGGCGCUGUUCAAGCCAACGACCAAGGACCAGUUUGCGAAGUUGACGAGUACCCUUGCGCCGCUGCUGAGUGCGCAGAGCAAGAAGCCGCAGUAUGCGCUCUGGUUGCCGGAGUUUGCGAAGCAGCUUGCAAAGGAGCUGCCCAGUGGUGAUAUCAAGAAGGUGGCCAGUGCAUUGACGACGUUGAGCAACGAGAAGAUGAAGGAGGAGAGGGCCGCCGAUAAGGGUAGCAAGAAGACCAAGGCGGCUAAGACAAAGGUCUCGCUUGUUGCCUCGAGGGAUAACAAGAUUGAAACCGCCUCUUAUGACGACGAUGGCUUGGAUGAUGAUGAUUUCAUGUGA